AUGUAUGACUGUUUUGAAUGCCCAAAAGAUCAAUAUCCAAGUGAUGACAAAAAUCAAUGCAUCUCUAAAAUAAGUUUUCUGCCUUACCAAGAACCUGUAGGCAUCAGUUUAACCUCUGUAGCUGUUUUCUUUUCCCUGAUCACAGUUUUGGUUUUAGGAACUUUUAUUAAGUACAAAGAUACCCCCAUUGUCAAAGCCAACAACUGGGACCUCACUUACACUCUCCUUGUCUCCCUCCUGCUCUGCUCUCUCUCUUCCUUACUAUUCUUGGGCAAACCUGGGAAAGUGACCUGUCUUCUCCAACAGCCAACUUUUGGCAUCGUCUUCUCAGUGGCUGUUUCUUCUGUGUUGGCAAAGACCACUAUUGUUUCUUUAGCAUUCAUGGCCACAAGGCCAGGAUCUAGGAUGACAAAGUGGAUGGGCAAAAAACUGUCCUGUUCCAUUGUCCUUUCCUGCUCUCUUAUUCAAGCAAGUGUUUGUACUGUGUGGUUGGCAACCUCUCCCCCAUUCCCUGAUUUAGACAAGCACUCAGUAACAGAAGAAAUCAUUGCACAAUGUAAUGAAGGGUCAGUCACCAUGUUUUACUGUGUCCUGGGCUACAUGGGCCUCUUGGCAAUCAUCAGCUUUAUUGUGGCAUUCCUAGCUCGCAGGUUACCAGAUAGUUUUAAUGAAGCCAAGUUCAUUACCUUCUGCAUGUUGCUCUUUUGCAGUGUGUGGGUCUCCUUUGUUCCAACCUAUCUGAGCUCAAGAGGGAAAUACAUGGUGGCUGUGGAGGUCUUCUCCAUCUUAGCCUCCAGUGCUGGGUUACUGGGUUGCAUCUUUUCCCCUAAAUGCUACAUCCUUGUGCUGAGGCCUGAGCUUAACAACAGAGAGCAAAUUGUGAGGAAAAGGAAUUAA